AGGUGUAUACUGAUCAUUACUCAUGUUUGCAUGCAUGUGAAACUAAUCCCUUUGUGAUUCCCAAGUACGGCUACAUAUCUUCUGCCCUAAAAGUUACGGACAUGUCGCUUCGAUAUAACGGAAUACUGUAAUUCUAAUUCCAACUUCCAACACAAAAUGAAGGCCAAGCACAAGCUUCGCCACGCCGUAGACCUCUUGUACUCUCGUGGUUCUGCUACCUCCGAUGCGUACACACGUCUCGUGCUCGAUUGUGUCCGAGCCAACGACGUCGACCAAGCCAAGCGACUACAACACCACAUGGAGCUUCACUUGUUUCAACCCGCCAACACUUUCCUUCAGAACCGUCUUCUUCAUUUGUAUGCUAAAUCCGGUAAAGUUUUCGAUGCUCGAAAUCUGUUCGACAAAAUGCUUAAGAGGGACGUUUUCUCUUGGAAUGCUAUGCUCUCCGCUUAUGCAAAGACUGGGUUGGUUGAGGCUUUGCGGGCAACUUUUGAUCAGAUGCAUUUCCGUGAUUCUGUUUCAUACAAUACGAUGAUAGCAGGUUUUGCAGGGAAUGAAUGUUCGAGCGGGGCCUUAGAAGUUUUUGUGAGCAUGCAGAAGGAGGGAUUCGAGCCUACUGAAUAUACCCACGUGAGUGCAUUACAUGCAUGCACACAGUUAUUGGAUUUGAGGCGUGGGAAACAGAUUCAUGGUAGGGUUCUUGUGGCUAACUUGUCUGGGAAUGUGUUUAUUUGGAAUGCUUUGACAGAUAUGUAUGCCAAAUGCAGCGACAUUGAUCGUGCGAGAUGGUUAUUUGAUCGGAUACUUAAUAAGAAUGUUGUUUCAUGGAAUUCAAUUAUCUCUGGGUAUGUGAAAAAUAGGCAUCCCGAGAAAUGCAUUGAAUUAUUCUGUGAAAUGAAGUCAUUGGGUAUGAAGCCGGACCAAGUUACAGUUUCUAAUGUUCUUGGUGCUUACUUUCAAUGUGGAUACGUAGAUGAAGCUAGUAGGAUAUUUGCUGAGAUUGAGGAGAAGGAUAAGAUCUGUUGGACGACAAUGAUAGUAGGGAAUGCACAAAAUGGGAGAGAAGAGGAUGCUUUGAUGUUUUUCAGUUCAAUGCAACUAGCAAAUAUCAGACCUGAUAGUUUUACCAUUUCAAGUGUAGUUAGUUCCUGUGCCAAAUUAGCUUCUAUAUAUCAUGGCCUGGCUGUUCAUGGGAAGGCAGUUCAUAUAGGAGUUGAUCAUGAUUUGCUUGUGUCUAGUGCCCUUGUUGAUAUGUAUUGCAAGUGUGGAGUCACUGCAAAUGCUUGGAUGGUUUUCAAAAUGAUGCCAACUUGGAAUGUGGUUUCUUGGAAUGCGAUGAUCGGGGGUUACGCACAAAAUGGACAGGAUCUAGAGGCAUUGGCCCUCUAUGAGAAAAUGUUGCAAGAAAACUUCAAACCUGAUAAUGUAACUUUUGUAUGUGUUUUAUCUGCUUGUAUCCAUGCUCGUUUAACUGAAAAAGGACAAGAAUAUUUUGAUUCUAUCAGCAGACAGCAUGAAAUGACUCCCACUUUGGAUCAUUACGCAUGCAUGAUCAAUCUCCUUGGCCGUACAGGUUACAUCAACAAAGCAGUAGAUCUUAUUGAAGGUAUGCCCCAUGAACCGAAUUGCCUAAUCUGGUCUACCAUUCUAUCUGUUAGUGCAAUCAGCCAUGACGUCAAACAUGCUGAGAUGGCAGCAAAACAUCUCUUUGAAUUAGAUCCACUCAAUGCUGGACCUUACAUCAUGCUUUCCAACUUGUAUGCCACUUGUGGAAGAUGGAAAGAUGUGGCAUCCAUGAGAUCUCUCAUGAAGCAAAAGAAUAUAAAAAAGUAUGCUGCUUACAGUUGGAUUGAGAUUGAUAACAAAGUCCACAAAUUCGUAUCAGAAGAUCGGACGCAUCCAGAAACAGAACAGAUUUAUGAAGAACUAAACAGGCUGAUUAGGAAACUCCAGAAAGCUGGAUUUACUGCUGAUACGAAGUUGGUUCUACAUGAUGUGGGAGAGAAGGAAAAGCAUGAAUCGAUCUCUUACCACAGUGAGAAACUUGCUCUUGCAUAUUGGUUAAUUCAGAGACCUCAUGGAGAAAUACCAAUAAGGAUUAUAAAGAACAUUCGUGUUUGUGCAGACUGCCAUGUAUUUAUGAAGUUUGUAUCCAAGAUAAUUGGACGACCAAUUAUCUUGAGAGAUUCAAAUAGAUUUCAUCAUUUCAUUGGAGGGAAGUGCUCCUGCAAGGACAACUGGUAAUAAAGGUCCUUCGGCAGAGUGGAGAGUCCUCUUAAGUUUGAGAUACUUUGAUCAACAUUAGAAAUUGGAGAAGCUGUAGUGAAGAUGAUCAUAUAACAGGACCAUGGCAAUUCUUCCCGCAAAACUUUGGAAAGAAGGAAUGGCAGCACUAGUAAAAUUCUGGAUAUCUUCCAGGAGAAGAAUGGGUGAGCUGAUUUUUAUGAAUACCCCAGUAAGAGGAAUGAGAUUGUUUUUGCAAGCGCUGGUCGAAAUAGAACACAUGAUGUUGUGAUUUAUUUUUUAGCUUAACAAUAAGUAGAUAAAUUUAACAAUUAAGUACACAGCGGCAAGAAACAACAAACAUGCAGCCGGAGCUUGAUUGUUUUGGAAGCUGAUAAAAGAAAGGUUACAGUCCUACAAGCAAUUGAAAUUCUAUGAAAGCUAUACACCAACAUUUAAAACUUGAUGGACGCUCCGAGAUGAGGAAAAUUAGGAGCUGGUUUUUUGUAAGGUAAAAGAUGGAACUGUACUCAAAGAAUUUUUGUUGCUAGUUUUAUCAUUUGUUGGAAAGUAUGUUAUCAUUGUUGAUGAAGGCUAACAAGCUAACACAGCUCUUCCGUGUUGUUAGAACAUUGAUAUUUGUGAGAUAUUUUCCCCUUGGCAUGCGCCUGGUUGGGGUUUGCAGGGAAGCAAACGGAUUGAAAAUUGAAAUAUGCGAUAAAGGAAAACAUGAGAUGUGUUGGUAGAUGCUA